GAGUGGACAACUGUUGUGCCCGAAAUCGCACGUCCUCAUUUAUUUACAAAUCGUGCUGCCAAAAAUAGAAAUUAUUCCGUCUGCAGGGUAAUCAAUUGAUUUAUUUCCUCAUUGGGUGCGUGCGCGCGGGGUCGAUGGCGAAUUUGCAUCGACGUGAAUCGCGGCGAUUGAGCGCGUCAGCCGCGGCGCUGGAUUAGCCACGGUCCGGCGCUGGCUGCGUGCCUCGCCAAGGUGUCUUGUAUUGAUUUACGCGCGCUGCCAGCGGCGGAAGGGGGAGGGAGGCGGGGCCAGUCUCGCCGCAUUGGCUGCUCGCCGCGCCAGUGCUGCGAUUCGCGCACCAAUGACCGGUCGGCUUGCCUCCGCCUGGGAGUGUUUGCUUGCGCGCAAGAGGGGAAUCCGGCCUCCCCUCUACCGAGGCAGGUUCGCUUUGCUUGUUGAUCUUAGUUAGUUCGCCUCUAAUUCGUAGUUUGUGGUUGGACCAAAGCAGCUCACCACCACGCUUUAAUGUUGAUAAAGUUGGCAUAAAAAUGUAUCCAAUGUUUUCUCAACAACAUCUGAUAGUGUUUUCACAAUAAACACACACCAGUAUCGGCGGCGGCGGCAGCUCCGGCAGUGCCUGUGUGUGCGUGUGUGUUUGCCGGCGCUUUAAGGACCAGUGAACAAAUAAUCUGACCGAUCGUGUUUAUUAUUUUGACAAUCAGUGCGCGGUGGUCGACGGCAGCAGUGUCUUUGCGAUGCACACCUUGUUCGGCGAGCAAGGCACCUUUUACCGACAGAGCGGGCCCUACAUGCCCAACCCGCACCACUCGAGCGGAUACUACGAUCAGUACACGGCAGCGGCGGCCGCCGCGGCCACCAGCAGGUACGCACCUUACUCGGCCGGUUACCAGGCGGUCGUGUCCGGGACCGGCGGUAUCGGCCCGCAGCACCACCAACACGUCGGCGGCGGAAAAGACAUGGUCAAGCCGCCGUACUCGUACAUCGCGCUGAUCGCCAUGGCGAUCCAGAACGCGCCCAACAAAAAGGUGACCCUGAACAGCAUCUAUCAGUUCAUCAUGGAGCGCUUUCCGUACUACCGCGAGAACAAACAGGGCUGGCAGAACUCGAUCAGGCACAAUUUGAGCCUGAACGAGUGCUUCGUGAAGGUGCCGCGCGACGACAAGAAGCCCGGCAAGGGCAGCUACUGGACGCUCGACCCCGACUCGUACAACAUGUUCGACAACGGCAGCUACCUGCGGCGUCGUCGGCGUUUUAAGAAGAAGGACGCCAUCAGGGAGAAAGAGGAGGCCAUGAAGCGGCAGCAGCACCACCACCAGCCGCCUCUUGAGAUGCUGAAGGCGGCCGAGAAGGAGCAGGCGGACAAGUUGUCGUCCAGCAAGGUGCAGCUGGGCAAGCAGCCGAAGAAGGAGCCGUCCGAGGCGGCCGACCUGCGUUCCUCGUGUCUAGCCAAGUACCAGCACUCCACGGCGGCGGCCGCCUACCAGCACCAUUUGCACGACGUCAAGCCCAGUCUCGAGCACCUCGAGUACCAGCAGCAGGAGCAGGGCCCGGCCGCCUUCACCGUGGACAGUCUGCUGACGGCGCGCGAGCAACACUCGUACGCCCGCUCGCUCUACCCGUCGUACCAGCAAUACCAGUCCAUGGACGAGGUGAUGCCGGCCGCCGCGCACCACUCCUUCUCGGCCCACCAGCGGCCGUGGUACUCGCCGGCCGACGGCGUCGUCGAGAACGGCGCCUCCGCUGCGGCAGCGUCGUCCGUGCAGGCGGCCGCCGCCGUGCUCGCGGCCACCAACGGCUUCCGUGACCUCAUGCUUGAGCAGCACAACCCCAGCUGCCAGAUGGGCUUUGGCGGCCGCGGAGCAGGCGGCCAGCAGCAGCAGCAGCAACACCCGCACCCGCAGCAACACCCGCAGCAGCAGCCGCCCACCGGCUCGCCGCCCUCCGACUCCGACUCGCCCUUCUACAACGUGCAGCGACAACCUUGAAAACGCCAGCACUUCGCGAAAUUCCAUUUUUAGUUCUUAAAUUAUCAUUUUUCACGUGCAAUCUCCAUUUUUAUACUCAUAAUUAUUAAGUGCGUCCAAUACCUUAAUAUAUUUUUGUUACUUUUGUUACGACUUAUCGACUUAUUUAUUUGCUUAUAAUUAUCGGUAAUAGUUGUGUAACCGACGAAUCAAAAAAUUAAGGACCUAUGGAGCAGCUAAACCUCCUACGUAAUUGUAGGGUCAAAAAACUUUGUGAGACGCAGCAGACUUUACGUGUUCUCUCAGAAUCAUGUUUUUUGUAUAAUAGGGAAUCGGGCCGGGGACUCACCCUGCUGUGACAGUGAUUAUUUGACGGAUUCCUUUAUGCGAAAACGCCGUGGUGUACUUAAUAAUUGUAAUAAUAAAAAUCAAUACCGA